GGUGAGUGUCGGAGUUACAUGUGCACAAUCCUAAAGGUCCAAGUACAGCACCUGAAUCACAUGUGACUGAAGAAGAUUUGAUGUCCAAACCCUGCGAGAGUGGAAAUGCAAAUGCAUCGGAUGUUACACCACAAGAGUGCUUCUUUGAGAUCGAAGAUGAUAAUGGAACUAAAGUUCUUGCAAGCCCAGUUGCAGCCAAGAAGACUAAAAGCAGCUCAGGUAAAAGAGAAAUCCAGGAGUUUUUGGUAAAACAUGAAAUGUAUUCAUUGGAACGGCUUGAUGAGAGGACCAAAUUUUUGAAGAUUAGAUCUAAAAUCUUCAACGAGAGAAAAACAACAAGACUUAGGACAUUUAAAAAAUUAAAUGAAAUGAAAUCAAUGAAAAAGCAAACAUGAAUCUCAUCAUUUUACAUAUAAUGUAACUGUAAUGUAACAACAAGACGUAGGGCAUGUAUGAUAAUUUAUUUUUAGCUCACCGAGACGAAGUUCGGGGGAACUUAUGCUAUACUGCUGGCGUUGGCGUCCGGACCUGGUAAAAGUUUUUGUUGCAGGUCCUUUAUCUUAGUUAUUUCUUGCCCUAUCUUCACCAAACU